UGCAGUUCCCGUGGCGUCCACAUCCCUCCGGGCCACCGGGGGCAGCAGAGAGCCAUAAAUGUGUUGACGGAGGCGGGUCGGUUUGUUCCCAUCGUGGCGCUGCUGGCGGACUGUUGUUUGUGAGGUGAAGUAACUUUUGUCGUCAGGAGCUGAGAUUUAACCCGCCGGGAGGAACUUCAGGUCUACAGAGCGUCGGAGAAGCGGCAGCAUGUCGGCCUCAGCGGCUAAAGUGAGCAGGAAGGAGAAUUCAAACCACGACGCAGGGGACGAGACCUCCGAGAAAGAGCAGCAGGAGGCGAUCGAACACAUUGAUGAAGUACAGAACGAAAUCGACAGAUUAAAUGAACAGGCCAGUGAAGAAAUUUUAAAAGUAGAGCAGAAGUACAACAAAUUACGCCAGCCGUUCUUUCAGAAGAGAUCAGAGCUCAUCGCCAAAAUCCCAAACUUUUGGGUCACAACAUUCGUCAACCAUCCACAAGUUUCAGCUCUUCUGGGGGAGGAAGAUGAAGAAGCUCUUCAUUAUCUGUCCAAGGUUGAGGUCACAGAGUUCGAGGACAUCAAGUCUGGAUACAGAAUAGAUUUUUCCUUUGACGAGAAUCCGUACUUCGAGAACAAAGUUCUCUCCAAAGAGUUUAACGUCAACGAGGGCGGAGAUCCGGUUUCCAAAUCCACUGAGAUCAAAUGGAAAGCUGGGAAGGACCUGACCAAACGGAGCGGCCAGACGCCGAACAAAGCUGGGAAGAAGCGUCAGCACGAGGAGCCGGAGAGCUUCUUCACCUGGUUCACCGACCACUCGGACGCCGGCGCCGACGAGCUGGGAGAGGUCAUCAAGGACGACAUCUGGCCCAACCCGCUGCAGUACUACCUGGUCCCUGACAUGGAGGAUGAGGAGGGUGAGGACGAUGAAGAGGAGGAUGAGGAAGGUCUGGAGGACAUCGAUGAGGGCGAGGAAGAGGAAGGCGAAGACGAGGAUGGCGAAGGGGAAGAUGGAGAGGACGACGGUGAGGACGACUGAAGCGCCUCGGCGCCGUCCUCCCACUGUGACCCGUCUGUGGGAAGGGGGUGGGGGGGUUUGUAAAAUAUUUUUUUUGUUUCUAAUAUUUUCCUCCUGUGUGUCGUCGACCCGUCGGCGCGGCGCCGGCCCGGCGUCAGGCCCAGGGGACGGCGCCGGACCGUCCCGUCAUCGGUCUCCGGACGCACCAGAUGAAAACAACGAUAACUUUGUAGCAUUCUGCACGUCAUUUCCUGUAGAUUAAAGACGCGUCCGUUAGUUGGUCCAGAUGGCGGUUCUGUUGUGUUUCUGCUAAUAAGCCAUGGUGCCGUGAGAACGUCUCAUCCUAGCAUCUUUAGCCACUUUUCUAUAUAUAUAAAUGUAUAUUGUAUGGGUGGUGGGGGCUCUCCCAUCAAGCACCAGCUCGUUCCUCAGUCUCUACAUGUUUCCGCUCAGAAAGCCAGUUGGGUCGGUUCCGGCUCGACCCGCUUCUCCCAACACAUGAAAUCCUUUUUUUGUCUGUUUUAAAUAAAAAACCCAAAUCUGGAGACUGGUUCUGGUUCUGAACUCAUUUAUUACUAAUCUGAUUUGAUCCUGAAGUAAAUCUGGAACGAAACUCUGCCAAGAAGUUCAGUUCAUCAGCUUUUCUAGAGUAACUGGCUUUCUGUGACCUGAACGGAACCGGUCCGGUUAAACAUGUCCGCCUCACUGGAAGUGACUUUUCUAAUAAACCAAUAUGGCCGAA